AUGGAGGAACAUGAAGAUGACCAAUACUGUUUUCAGGAUGGAAACUCAACUUGCAAGAAGGCUUCAGCAUCCACGUCUGUUUAUACAUCACUGUACAUCUUCUUCUCAUUGAUUUCAGCAGUUACUGUAUUUUUGAACUUACUGGUGAUCAUCUCCAUCUCUCAUUUCAAGCAGCUCCACACUCCAACCAACCUGCUCAUCCUCUCUCUGGCUGUGUCAGAUCUCCUGGUGGGACUCAUUGUGAUACCAGCAAAUACAGUAGCAAUAAUGGAACCAUGUUGGGUUCUUGGGGAAUAUUUCUGUCCAUUACUUAUGUACACCACCUUUUUGUGUACUUCUUCAUCUCUUGGACAUUUGGUUUUGAUAUCUAUUGACCGCUAUGUGGCUGUGUGCAACCCUUUAUUGUACCCCUCAAAAGUAACAAAAACAAGAACUUGGCUUUGUAUAUCCAUUAACUGGUGUUGUUCUAUCAUAUAUGAUGCUGUGUUAAUAAAAAUGUCAGUAAAUGUACAGGCAAAUAAGUCAGAAAGAAAAGCAGCAAAAACACUUGCUAUUGUUGUUUUUAACUAUCUCAUUUGCUGGAUUCCGAUUUAUUUUAUCCAAUUAAUUUAUGAUUCAAAUGCCUUGCACAGAGUGGAGAUGGCAGCCAAUGACGCGCUACACAAACUUUCCCACCCUCUGCAGGGCCUUGUGGUCACCAGUGGAGCAGCUGCGGUACCAGGCAGUAAUGCAGUAAUGCAACAAAAGUUGGGAGACGUAUGA